AUGGUGGAGAAAAGAAGUACCGGCUGGGCCGGUCGCAGGGGAGAGGACUCUGCCAAAAGCAGCCUCAGCACUCCAAGGCGAAAGCCAGAUCUGCCAUCGCGCUCUCUCUACAAGCCAGUGCUCUCAAUUGCAUCUGUCUAUGGAACGAUUGUCCUGCUGGUUUGGAAUAUGUGGACUGGAAAAUCGCAUGCUGAUAUUUCUACUCCGAACAGCGGACUCGGCUUGGAGCCAAGCUAUACCCAAUCGCAGAUGUCAGAAGGGCAAGUGCGGCAAGUACCUGAAUUACAGAGUGCAGCUCAAGUGGCCAUGGCCAGAUCUGCCGUGCAAUCUAAAGCGCUUAUAGCCGAGAUCAUGCCCCGCAUGAGCCAGAACAAAGCGAAGGCGACGGACUCAUAUGACCGUGCUGGAAGCACCUUCGACCUAGCAGGUGACCAUUUGCAUGUGGGUUGGGGCUGGACUUAUCAAAGCGCCAGCGGUUUAGUCGGGGACCAGCGUCAGCAAGAAGCAACCUCCGGCCUUGUGCCAAGGAUCUUUGAGGAGCGCGGGUCCAGCCUAGGCUGGCAGAGCUUAUUCGAGCUUUCGCUCACAUCUGGAGAGAAGGUUGUCGCCAAAGACUGCUCUUUAGAGAGGCGAAGACCCUUGUCAUCUUCACAAGAGGAGGGGUUUUUGGUUUUGGGUGGCGAAGCCAUCGAAUUGGAGUGUCCGUUUCAGCUGCGUGUCCAUUGGACUGCUGCGUUGCUACGUCUGGCAGCCGGCGCAGAAGUCCUCCGGAUUCGCUUCUGGUAUGAAAGCAAAGAGAGGGGAGAGAACACACAGUUGACAACUCCGUUAACCACUGUGAUGAGCUUAACCCUCUGGGAUUUUGACAGCUCGCUGAUGGCCGUAUGCGGCAAGCAACAGGCCCAACAACAGGCAAACUUGCAGGCCUUGGAUCGCUUCGACUGCUUCGGUGUUAGCGGUGAAGUGGAUGGUAGUCCUCUCAUACACAUCGGCCGUGGAGUUUGGAUUGCCCUGGAGCAUCCACGAGCUGCCUGGCCUUCACUGUAA